AUGGUGUUCCAAGGAGAGGGGAAGCUGGUACAAAAUUUUUACGGGUCCAGCUGCUCGAACGUGGAACAAAUAGUGAGGCAAGCUGUUCAGAAUAAGCUCUCUCAAACUUUAAUUACCAUUCCCGCUACUCUCCGUCUCUUCUUCCACGACUGUUUUGUUGAGGGAUGCGAUGCUUCAGUGAUGAUUGCAUCGCCGAGCGGAGACGCCGAGAAGGAUGCUCAAGAUAACCUCUCCCUCGCCGGAGAUGGUUUCGACACCGUCGUCAAGGCUAAGCAGGCUGUUGAAGCCGCAUGUCCCGGCAAAGUGUCAUGCGCGGAUAUAUUGGCUCUUGCCGCCCGAGACGUCGUUGUCCUUGCCGGAGGCCCAAAUUUCAACGUCGAGUUAGGACGGCGUGACGGCCUCAUUUCCAAAGCCUCACGUGUCGACGGUAAUUUACCAUCUCCAAAUUUCGACCUAAACGCCCUGACUUCAAUCUUCGCCAAAAACGGCCUCUCUCAAACCGACAUGAUUGCUCUCUCCGGCGCCCACACCAUCGGCGCCUCCCACUGCAACCGCUUCGCCGACCGCCUCUUCUCCUCCUCCGGCGUUGAUUCCUCGCUUAACCGAGCCUACGCCGAACAGCUAAAGCAAGCCUGUCCUCGAAAUGUUGACCCAAACGUCGUGGUCCAGCUAGAUCCGACCACUCCUAACACGUUCGACAACGUGUAUUACCAGAAUCUGAUAGACGGGAAAGGACUCUUCAAAUCGGACGAGAUUCUGUUCACGAGCUCGGCGUCGAAGUCGACGGUGGUGGAAUUUGCGAACAAUGGAGUGGAGUUCAAUGCGGCGUUCGUGGCGGCGAUGAGGAAGCUGGGGAGAGUUGGGGUUAAGACGGGGAGGGCGGGAGAGAUAAGGAGAGAUUGCAGCGCCUUUAAUUGAUUGGGAGAGAUUGAUGGAGCUUUAACAAUGGCUUCCAUACAAUUGAAUAAAGACCACAUUAAUUAA